ACAGCAUGGCCGCCGCCUCGUCGCCGCCGCGCUGCCGCUGCGCCGCGCGCGCACAGCUCAAGACGCGCGGCGCGCCGCAGUGUGCCGCGUGCGCCGCGACGCAGCUGGAGCAGCGCGUCAGGAAGGCGGCGCAGCUCGCACUGGGCGCCGUGCUGUGGCGCCGAUUCGCUGCGCGCCGCAGCGACGACGCAGGGCAGAGCAAGCAGGAGGAGGAGCAAGGCGGUGUAGUGGCGGUGGUGUCUUCAGGACAAGAGGGCAGAGCACUGCUGCAUCUCCUCGCCUCCUCCUUCCUCCCAGCGCCAGCCAUCGCCACCUCUCGCGCGCCGCAGCUGAAGCACAUUACGGUGCUGUGCCUCCUUGAUGCGCGUGCGGGCGAGGAGGAGAUGCAGCGGCAGAGGGAGUGCAUGCAGUCGGCGCUGGAGCAAGAGGCGGAUGCCAGGUUGCGCCUGCAGUGGCUCGUCGUGGGCGAGCCAGGGAGCGUGAGGUGUGAAGCGAGAGGCGAGCACAUCUAUCUCUCCCGCCCCUCCUCUUCCGCCUCCAGCCUCGCCUCUUCUUCCUCUUGCCGCCUUCAGACAGCGCCCUCGAUGACGCGUCAUCAAUCCCUGCACUCAACUCUCGCUUACGCCUCGAUUCUUCGGCGAGCACACCAACUGCACGCCUCGGUGCUGCUGCUGCCGAGUUGUGCCGACUGUCUGGCCGCGCACUUUCUCGAUGCUCUGGUGGAGGGAAAUGGCUUUAGUGCGGGCAUGAGAGGCGGCGAUGGUUGGAUUGACGAUCUACUCAUCCUACGUCCCCUGCGCGAAACGAGCGCAAAAGAGCUGGCAUUCUAUCUGCACGCCAAGCGGCUGUCGUACGUGACGCAGAGAGAAGCGACGAUGGGAACGCCAAGCAAGGCUUUCAAGGGCACGAUGCGCGGAAUGACGGAACAGCUAGUGCGGACAUUGCAGCUCGCCGCUCCCUCCACUCCUGCCACUGUCAUCCGUACAGCUUCCAAGCUGCACUUCGCGGGGCAUGCUGCGCCUAUUCCUGCCACUGCGCCUCUCCAUGGCAAUGCGCCGCAUGUCGUCGAGGCCGCACCUGAGGGCGCGAGACUCGACGAGGCCGCACACCACCACCACCACGCCGCCCAGGCCAACUGCGCCGCUCAGCACGCCGUCGGCAAGACGCAGACGCAAGUGGACUCGCUGGAGAGGCUGGCGGAACAAGCGACGCUCAAACAGGGAGCUGCAGCGCAGCGCUUUGUGCUUGCGGCGCUCUCGUUGCCCGUCUGGAACACCUCCAGCCGUACAGAGGCGGCGCAGUGCGUGCUUUGUCUGCUUCCCGCCCCUCCUGCUUCUCCGACGGGCGUGCCUCGUACGCCACAGCGAGCCCCCAGCACGGACGCAGCAAGCAACGACGCACUCGAGCAAGGCAAGGCGAUGGACAUCUCAACGAUGCUCUGUCCAGCCUGCCUGCGCAUUCUCGAGACGCCUCAAGUGCAGACGCGCAACGAAGCCGUCGAGACGCUCCUGCUGCCGGAGUACGUGCUUCGCGCUGCACAGGCACGGCCGGCGCGGCCGAGAGAGGGAGGGCCGGACGCAUUGGAAGGCUUUGGGGGAAUGCGACUGGAGGAAGAGGACGGGUACGAGAGGGGGAGAAUGGGGGUGAUGGAGAGGGAGGAGAUGCGCGCAAAAGUGGAGGAGUAUCUGCUGGAAUAGCAUGCACGUCAUUUGCAUCUCGCUGCUCGCUGCGAGAGGAGAGAAAGGGUGGGACCGAGACACAUCGAAGUCGAGACGCGAGCGCGGGAGAGAGGGAGGCAAGCCAAGCCCCGAUCUGCACGACGUCGGCGCAUAUUUUUCGUCCGGUCUUCCGUCUCGGCCGGCGUGCAUCUUCCUCGUGUCCCCCUCACCCGAGCGAACCCCCAAAAG